GGCCCAAAGGAAACCUCCGCUAACCCUCGUCGCGUCGCUGCCGCUGCCGCUGCCGCCACCUCGCCUUCCUCGAGGCCUCGACGCACCGCCGCCCCCGCCACCAAUCCUCCCUCGACGCACCGCCCGCCCCACCGUGUCUCUCUCGACGCGCCUCCGUCGCCUCGAUGCGUCAAUCCAAUCACUGCCGCCCCUUCCGCCCGCCGGACUGGGGUUCUCCGCCUCCCCACUGCCGCCCGCACCACCAGCUGAACCACCGCCAACCGCAAUCGGCCCCGCGGUUCGCCGUGAUCCUCUUUCGCGCCGGCCCCAACAUCUCCACCCCUACCGCCACGGAGAUUGACGCGCUCGUCGCCGGUCUCCCCUCGCCGCGCCCCGACAACCUCUCCGUAUUCUCCUCCGGCCGCGAUGCCGCUCGCCUCCUCUUCCGCUCCCUUCCUGCCGCCGCGGCCGCAGCGCGCGAGCUCUGGUCUCUCCGCCUCGAGGGCCUCCACCUCCUCACACCCUACCUCCCCAAUGCCGCUCUUGCCGCCCACGCCUUCCCACUCAUCGCCCCUCUCUUUGCCUCCCACGCCUCUCGCCUCCUCGACACCGACCUCGUUUCCCGUUCAGCCGCCCGCUCCGCUGAGCUCGUAGCCUCCAUCCAGUCUAUGGAACACCGGCUGCGCAGUCGCAAUUCCUUCCGCGACUUCGACCAGCUCCAUCUCCAGAAGAAAACAUUGGAGGCUGAGAAGGACUCGGUAGAUGCCAAAAUUGCCGAGUACAAAGCAUCAAUGAUUUCCAUACGGCGUGCCAUGUUACGCGGGACCGAUGACGAGGAGGAGGGGGUGUAUGUGUUUGGGAUUGGGGAAGGUGAGGAUGUGGACUUCGCGAGGUUGCACAUGAUGAUGCUUCGCGAAUGCAGGAGACUCUACGAGGGCCUACCAAUUUAUGCAUACCGCAGAAAAAUUCUCAAUCACAUUUUUAAUAAUCAGGUUAUGAUCUUAAUUGGGGAAACUGGUUCCGGGAAAAGCACACAGUUAGUUCAGUUUCUUGCUGAUUCAGGUCUUGCUGCUAAUGGCUCAAUUGUCUGUACUCAACCUCGAAAAAUUGCUGCCGCGUCAUUGGCACGUAGAGUGGAUGAAGAAAGCAACGGCUGCUACAAAGACAAUUUCGUGUUGUCAUAUUCAACCUUUUUAAAUUCUCAAGACCUCAGUUCGAAGAUCAUAUUUUGCACAGAUAGUUGUCUUUUACAUCACUGCAUGAAUGACGUGGGCCUGGAUGGCAUUUCAUAUAUCAUUGUUGAUGAAGCUCAUGAAAGAAGCUUGAACACUGAUCUUCUUUUAGCCUUGAUCAAGAAGAAGUUGCUUGAUAGGUUGGAUUUGCAUCUCAUUAUAAUGUCUGCCACUGCUGAUGCUGACAAACUUGCUGACUACUUUUAUGGCUGUCAAACAUUCCAUGUUAAAGGGCGAAAUUUUCCUGUUGAAAUUAAUUAUGUCCCAGAUGUAUCAGUAGAGGCUUCCUCCAAUGCUGUGCCAAACUCUAUGUGUGAUGCUCGUGCAACUGCUUCUUAUGUCAAUGAUGUUGUAAGGAUGGUAAGCAUCAUUCACAAGAAUGAAGAAGAGGGUGCUGUCCUUGCUUUCUUGACAUCUCAGCUGGACGUUGAAUGGGCUUGUGAAAAUUUCAGCGAUGCAGGUGCCGUGGUACUUCCCAUGCAUGGAAAGCUUUCCCAUGUAGAACAGAGCCAUGUUUUUAAAAGCUAUCCUGGAAAGAGAAAAAUUAUCUUCUGCACGAAUAUGGCUGAAACAUCACUGACAAUAAAAGAAGUAAAGUAUGUUGUUGAUUCUGGACUGGCCAAGGAGAGCAGAUUUGUGCCCAGCAGUGGUCUCAAUGUAUUGAAAGUUAAUUGGAUUUCCCAAAGUUCUGCUAAUCAACGUGCUGGCCGGGCAGGUCGAACAGGAGCAGGGAAGUGUUACAGGCUUUACUCUGAAGCCGACUUCAGUAUGAUGGAUCUGCAUCAAGAACCUGAGAUCAGGAAAGUUCAUCUUGGCACUGCUGUUCUAAGAAUACUUGCUUUGGGUGUUAAAGAUGCACGGAAAUUCGAAUUUGUUGAUGCCCCAAAUCCCGAAGCAAUCAGUAUGGCUGUGAAGAAUCUUGAACAGUUGGGUGCUGUCAAACAUAGACUUAAUUGCUUUGAGCUGACUGAUACUGGACGCUACCUGGUCAAAUUGGGGAUUGAGCCAAGGCUUGGGAAAAUUAUGCUUAAUUGCUUUGAUGUUGGUUUGAGGAAGGAAGGUGUAGUUCUAGCUGCUGUUAUGGCAAAUUCUAGUAGCAUAUUUUGUAGAGUGGGCACCGAUGAGGAGAAACAUAAAGCUGACCUUCAGAAGGUCCGACUGUGUCACCGAGAUGGAGAUCUUUUCACUCUACUUGCUGUUUAUAAGAAAUGGGAAGAUGGGCAUGACAACAGAAAUAUGUGGUGCUGGCAGAACAGCGUCAAUGCCAAGACCAUGAGGAGAUGCCAGGAAACCAUAUCAGAACUUGAAAACUGUCUAAAGCAUGAGCUGAACAUCAUUAUCCCAAGUUAUUGGCGUUGGAAUCCCGAGGCUCCCACUGUGCAUGAUAAGGAUCUAAAGAGAAUUAUCCUAUCAUCUCUUACAGGUAAUCUUGCCAUGUUUUUAGGACAUGAAAGGUUUGGUUACCAGGUGAUUUCGACAGGUCAGGUUGUGAACCUUCAUCCCUCAUCCUCAUUGCUCAAUUAUGGUAUCAAGCCAGAGUGGGUUGUGUUUACAGAAAUCUUGUCGGUCCCGAAUCAAUAUUUGGUAUGUGUAACCGCUGUUGAUCAUGAUGCCUUGUAUACAAUUCACCCAGUGUCUUUUAUUCAGCAACUGGAGGAACAUAAAUUGCAGAUAAAAGUGAUUAGUGGGCUUGGUACUAACUUACUGAGAAGGUUUUGUGGCAAAUAUGGCCAAAAUCAGCAAAAGAUCAUCUCGCGUCUCAAGGAAGAUUGCAGAGAUGACCGAAUAACUGUUGAAAUUAACUUUCAAAAUAAUGAAGUUGUAUUAUUUGCUACGGAACAGAACAUGGAAAAAGUCUUUUGCACUGUCAACAGUGCUUUGGAAUGUGAAGGUAAGAUAUUGAGGAAUGAGUGCCUAGAGAGAAAUUUAUUCCCUGGGAGGCCUGGCAGUUCUCCUAUUGCACUAUUUGGUUCAGGUGCUGAAGUUAAGCAUUUGGAACUGGGGAGGAGGUAUCUAACAGUAGAGGUUUUGCAUCAAAAUGCUCAUGAUAUCGAUGACAAGGAGCUUAUUUUCUUGGUGGAUAGUAUUGUCUCUGGCGUUGCUAAUUUUCAUAAAUCCACUGGAAGUUUUUGGAUAGCCUCAGAUGGAACUAAAUGGGGGAAGUUUACAUUUCUGAAACCUGAAAAUGCUGAAGAUGCUGUUUCAAAACUGAAUGGCAUAGAAUUUAAUGGUUCCUCAUUAAAAGUAGUUCCUGUAUGGACUUUUGAUAAUCGAGGAUUACCAUUUCCUGCGGUGAGAGCUAAAUUAUGUUGGCCACGUAGACACAGCAGUGGACGUGCGCUUGUAACAUGUGCCAGCGGGGAAGCUGAAUUUCUUGUAAAUGACUGCUUUGCCCUAGGAAUUGGUGGAAGGUAUAUUAAGUGCAGGGUUAGUACUAAGUAUGAGAAUUGUGUUUUUGUUGAAGGAAUUCCAGUGCAUGUCACAGAGCCAGAACUGUAUGAUGCUUUUCGUAGCACAACAACAAGGAGAAUCCUUAAUAUCCGUUUGCUCAGGGUCAAGGGAAAUGCCAUAGCUAGUCCCUCUGUUUCUACAUGUGAAGAAGAACUGGUUAGAGAAAUUUCUCCAUUCAUGCCAAAUAAGAGUUUUCCUGGACAGAAUUUUCGUGUUGAGGUGUUUCCUCCGGAGGAAAAUGAUUCACUGACAAGAGCAACUAUAACUUUUGAUGGAAGCCUUCAUCGAGAGGCUGCAAGAGCACUGGACCAUCUGGAAGGGCACUUUCUUCCUUGUUGUCAACCUUGGCAGAUAAUACAGUGCAAUCAUGUGUUCCAUAGCACUCUGUCCUGUCCGGUACGUGUUUACAAUGUUAUCAGCCAGGAAGUUGCUUCUCUGCUUGAGAGUUUUCAAAGCCAAAAAGGUGUAUCUUACAAUUUUGAAAAGACUGAAAAUGGUAUUUUUCGAUUAAAGCUCACAGCAAAUGCCACAAAAACAAUAGCAGAUUUGAGAAGGCCGCUUGAGAUUUUGAUGAAAGGCAAAACCAUAAACCACCCUGAUCUGACAUUAAGUGCAGUUCAACUGCUCUUGUCCCGUGAUGGUGUAGCACAUUUGAAAUCAAUUGAACAAGAAACUGGUGCUUACAUUAUGUAUGACAGGCAAAGUCUAAAUAUUAAAGUCUUUGGACACCAAGAUCAGAUGGCUGCAGCAGAGGUGAAAUUGGUUCAUGCACUACGACAACUACUUGAGAAGAAGCCACUUGAAAUUUCUCUUCGUGGCCACAACCUCCCUCCGGACUUGAUGAAGAAAACGGUAGAAAACUUUGGAGUUGAUCUGGAAGGGUUUAAUAAAGAGAUGCCUGAGAUAAAGGUUGAGUUACACAAACACCGCCAUUUACUUAAAGUUUGGGGCAGUAAGGAGGAUAAGCGUAGGGUGGAAAGGAUGAUCUCUGAGUUAGCCUCUUUUAAACACAGUUCCCUGGUUCAACUUGCAUCAGAGAAUGUUGGAGGCAAAGAAGAUAAUCAAAGGGUGGAUUACAAUGAGCUGUCAGAGGAUGCAUGCCCUAUUUGCUUGUGUGAGAUAGAAAAUCCUUUUAGGCUUGAAUCAUGUGGGCACAUGUUUUGUCUGGCUUGUCUAGUGGAUCAGUGUGAAUCUGCCAUGAAAUCAAAUGAUGGGUUCCCUGUUUGUUGCCUGAAAGCUGGGUGCAAGGAACAUCUCCUUGUUGUAGACCUGAAGCAUCUCUUGUCAAAUGAGAAGCUGGAGGACCUAUUCAGAGCUUCCUUGAGGGCAUUUGUUGCAUCUAGAGCAGGAAUGUACCGCUUCUGCCCAACACCUGAUUGCCAAUCCAUAUACCAAGUGUCAGUUCCAGAUGCAGAAAACAAACCUUUUUCUUGUGGGGCUUGCUACGUGGAGAUAUGCACCAAGUGUCAUUUUGAGUAUCAUCCUUUCAUAUCAUGUGAGGCUUACAAAGAAUACAAGGAAGACCCAGACUCGACGCUGCUUGAAUGGCGCAAAGGGAAGGCGAAUGUGAAGAGCUGCCCUUCCUGUGGAUACACAAUUGAGAAAGCAGAUGGCUGCAACCAUGUUGAGUGCAGGUGCGGCAGCCACAUUUGCUGGGCAUGCUUGGAGAACUUCAGGAGCAGCGAGGAGUGUUAUGGCCAUCUCAGGUCUGCGCACCAGUCCUUUGUGGACAUUGUGUAAAUGUAUAGUAGUACCCAGAUGUAGUUUCAGAAGGCAGGCAUGGCCAAGUAAUGAAUUACUGUUUCAAGUUACUUUUUCGCUUCUUGUUUGCCGUGCCAUUUCAUUCUGUUCCGUUUGGGUGAGGCUCGGGAGGGAGGCAUGGAGGCAGAGAGAAACUUGUAGUGGGCUUCGUCUCCCAAGUGCAGAUCAAGCUUGACACUGCGUCCUUACAUCCAGCAAGUUAUCGCCUCAUACCCUCUGUAGAUUGAUCUCUGGCUUAUUCUCUGGAUCACAGAUGUUAACGGGGUAGAUCGAAUAAUUGGACCAGAAAAUAGUACAGUUGCUAGAUUGGAGAUGUUCUUUCUAAUGGUCUACUCAAAAGAAGUUAAUCCUGUGUCAAGGUUCCCAUGAAAAGUUACUAGCCGUUGGAGGGUGUCAUGAUAUGUUGAUGGAACAUGCUCGGGAUAAGACACAUGACCAGACAUAGCAUCAGCACACUUGUCUUCUCAAAGGGCGGCAGCGCUGAAUGAUCGCGUGGAACUUGUGGAACUUUGGGAAGCGUACAUAAAUGUGAGUUCUAUAGAAGCCUCGCAGACAAGGGUUAGUGGGGAUUGCAAGGUGAUUGGUGUGGCGUUGUGCAAUCUUGGUUGUGUACCUUUAUGGGCCAAGAUUUUGCGGGGUCCUCGAUUCAAGGAAGCGAGUUGAUUGGUCGCAUGGUCUGAUCAUGAUAUUCCUCAUUUGGAGCAGCAUUGCGCAUGGUGGGUUCGAUGCGAGUUGACAGAUAUAGCUUCUGUAAAGUGAUCUCGGCUGCUAUUCGUGGACACCUUGCGGUUAGGUAGGUCGGGAGAGUUGCUCUUGCAUUGUGAUCAUCGAGGUGGAAAACGUGCAAUGUUCUUAAUGCUAGCCAAACGACUUAUGCAUAGUCGGUAGAGUUUACUUUCUCGUUUAAAUCAUUCGCAUGAAA